CUGUUGUUAUAUGUCCCCUCUUUUCACCAAACACUCCCUUCAAUUCCAUUCCGAUCCGAAACUACACUAGGAGUUAUUCCUGUAUCAUAUCUUUGAUUCCUUCCUUAGCUUGAAUGUGAUUUAAUGUUUUCUUGGUUCUUUGGGAUGCUUUAACCUCAGAUGGAAUAGGUACCAAAAGAGCCAGAAUCUAGCAAAAGAGGAAGGAAUUGAAGGUUGAUAUAUCUAUAUCGGAGAUCGAAUUGAAGAAAAUUGAAUAAUAAUAAUAAUAAUCUGAUCGAUCGAUCGAAUUGAAGAUGGGAGCUUGCGUGUCGCUGCAUUCGGCGCUCACAUCGAGAAGACCUAAGCACCGGCGGCCCAUCGAUCCGGAAAGCGCGAAAGGCGGGAACCGGACGAGGGCGCCGAGAUCGCAGAAGAUUUCUCGGCAGAUCAGAGUCCUGAGCGACAAUGUGACGGGAGAUGACAUUUGGAAGAAGUACGAAUUUGGGAAGGAGCUCGGGAGGGGGGAGUUCGGCGUGACGUAUCUGUGCACGGACAAGGAAACGGGGGAGAUCGUGGCGUGUAAGAAGAUAUCGAAGAGCAAGCUGAGGACGGAGAUCGACGUGGAGGAUGUGAGGAGGGAGGUGGAGAUCAUGCGCCAUUUGCCUAAACACCCCAAUAUUGUUAGCUACAAGGAUGUGUUUGAAGACAAGGAGGCUGUGUAUCUUUUGAUGGAGCUCUGCGAGGGCGGCGAGCUCUUCGAUAGGAUCGUCGCCAAAGGCCAUUACACCGAACGAGCUGCCGCUCUUGUCACCAAGACCAUUCUUGAGGUUAUCCAGAUGUGCCAUAAACAUGGAGUGAUUCACAGAGACCUUAAACCGGAGAACUUUUUAUAUGCAAAUGGUAAUGAAAAUGCGCCCUUGAAAGCAAUAGAUUUCGGCCUCUCCAUCUUCUUCAAACCCGGCCAACGCUUCAAAGAAAUUGUUGGGAGCCCAUACUACAUGGCUCCAGAAGUUCUUCGUCGUGAUUAUGGGCAUGAAGUUGAUGUAUGGAGUGCUGGUGUUAUUCUUUAUAUCUUGCUAUGCGGUGUUCCCCCUUUUUGGGCAGAAACUGAAGAAGGAAUAGCGCAUGCAAUAGUGCGAGGAGAAAUAGAUUUCAAGAGGGAUCCUUGGCCAAAAGUAUCAGAAGAUGCAAAGGAUCUUGUGAAAGGAAUGCUUGAUUCAAAUCCUUAUAGUCGAAUGACUAUUAAAGAAGUUCUUGCACAUAAAUGGAUUCAGAAUGCUGAGAACGUACCAAAUGUUCCUUUGGGAGAAGGUGUUACCACAAGGAUUAAGCAGUUCACUUUGAUGAAUAAAUUCAAGAAAAGGGUUCUCAUGGUGGUAGCAGAAAAUUUGUCACAAGAUCAAGUGGAAAGCAUCAAAGAAAUGUUUCACAUGAUGGACACAGACAAGAAUGGGAACUUGUCCUUCGAAGAACUCAAAGAUGGGUUGAGUAUGAUGGAGCAACAUGUUGCAGAUCAUGACGUGGAGCUGUUAAUGGAUGCCGCGGAUGUAGAUGGGAAUGGAAUGCUGAACUGCGAAGAGUUCAUUACAUUAGCAGUACACUUAACGAAGUUAAGCAACGACGAUAAUCUCCACAAGGCGUUCCUCAUCUUUGACAAGGACAAUAGCGGAUACAUUGAACUUGAAGAGCUGAGAGAUUUUCUGUUCGACAUGGAUGAUGAUAAUGCCCCCAAAAACGACCAAGUGGUGCAAGAGAUUAUAUUCGAUGCGGAUUUGGACAAGGAUGGAAGAAUAAGCUUUCCAGAGUUCAAAGCAAUGAUGACGACCGGCACGGACUGGAAGAUGGCUUCGCGGAAAUACUCUAAAGUCAUGUUGAACGCACUUAGCGUCAGGCUUUUCAAAGACAAGUCCAUACAAAUCAAAAAGUAAUUAGUAUUGCUUCAUGCAUGCCUCGUGCUUCACGUACUAUACAUAUGCGUGCACUGCUGGAAUAUAAUUUAACUAGCGUUUUACUCGUGCUAUGCACGAAUUUUUUUUUUGUUAUUAUGAAUUUAAAUAAAAAAUUUAUAAAAUAAAAAAUA